GAGCCCCAUCAAAUCAGAUCCUUCUGGGGGAAUAUUUUUCUCUCCUACACUGACCCUGAACCCAGCUGAGACUGUGCCAGUAAACUAGACCAGGUGAGUCUAACCGAGUGAGACUGACCCUGAACCCUGACCCUGAGACCCGGAGAGGUGAGAUGAUAUCAGGGAGGGAGAGGAAAACAGCAGCCAAGGAAUAUUCCAGCAACCCUUCAGAAACAGAUCAGUUCAGUUACUGUGUAGAGGGUUCUAUUUGAAUGCCAAACCCUAGACCUGGACCUGGACCUGCAGGGGCAGAUCCCUGGCCCUGCCCUCUGAUAAGACUGAACCUUUGAGCUGCUGAUAACCACCAGCUGACUGGCUCAGCCUUCGGUCUGGAUGGUAGCUUCUCUGGGAGCAGCACAUGUCCACAGACUGGGGUUUGUAGAUUCCAGGACCUUUCCUGAGAAUCAGGAGGCCUGAGCUUGUCCAACAGAUAGACCCAAAUCCUGGAAUGGAGUUGGAGAUGAGUGGAAAGACCAGGGUCUCCCAGGUCCAUCAGAAGGGGGGACACCGUGAGGAAAGGUCUCAUUGGUCCUCAGAUGGACGUAACUGGAGAUCAUUUUCUAAAAGCCGUUGGAAGGAAAGCAGGAGGAUUCUGACUGGAGUUCCCAUUGAGACCGUGUACCAAGGUCUGGCAGACUAUGAAGACAGUGAGCAGAGAAGGGAUGAGAUGGACACUACAACAGAAAACCAGAUGCUGAAUAAAAAACUGCUGGAUCAUUUCAGACAGCUGGCAGCCAGCAACAAGGACACUGACCAGGUGGACCUUCAGUUUCUGGACAAGGUGAUCUCAGGUGGAGCUGACCCAAACUGCUCGGACAGAUAUGGACAAACUGUCCUCCAUGAGGUCACACCUAAUGAGGUGUCCAGAGCUUGGAGUGUGGAUGUCAUGCGGUUCUUCUUGGACCGGGGAGCAGACCUACACUGCUCAGAUCAGUUUGGAGUUACAGCGCUGCAUGUGGCCUCAGCUCUGGACUACGAGGACAUGGUCAGGUUUCUGCUGGAGCAAAAAGCUGAUCCAGGCGCUCAGACUCUUCUGGACAAACAGACCCCCCUUCACUAUGCUACCAAGAACGACGCUGUGGGAUCCAUCAGGCUGCUGCUGCAGGCGGGAGCCUCCAUCAGCUGCACUGACUACAGGCAGAGGACGCCGCUGCAGCUCGCCGCCAUCAUGGAGCGCAGUGAGGCAGCUCAGGUCCUGCUGGAGCUUGGAGCUGACGCUGCGGUGCAGGACUGUGAUGGACAGCUGUGCAUCACUGCUCUGAUUGGUCGGAUGAGUCACGUGGCCCAGGUGGCGCUCCGUCAGUUCCAUGUGAUGGACAAAGUGACAAGGCAACAGUAUUUCUACCUGAAUCUGCUGGAACCAGAAGGGGCAGGAACCAGUGAGCCAACAACCCCUCUGCAGGUUGUGGUUCUGGACGGCAAACUGGACCUCAUCAUGAAUCCUGUCUUUCUCAAACUCAUUCAGAUCAAGUGGAAACUUUACGGAAGGCUGGGGGCGUGGCUUCUCCUGGUCCUCAACCUCCUGCUCAACGUCUCUUGGACAGCUGCUGCUAUCUCCAUGUCUGCCAGUCAGGACUCGUCCGACCGCUACAUCUUUCCACAGGAUUGGUGGCGGGUUCUUCUUGUGGUUCUGGCCCUUCUGCUCACCCUGGAGGAGGUGUGCAGGGAGAUCCAGGACAUCAUGUCCUCCAGGAAGAAGCUCCUUUUGCGGAAGAGAUGGAUGGAGCACCGUUUGCAGGAUGAUCUGCGAUGCUCACAUCCUAUGUGGCCCCAGGAGAGGCAGUAUCUACUGAGAGAGACCGGGAGGAUCCACAGGAUGAGGGGCACCUACAGCCGAGACCUCUGGAACAUCUUUGAUUGGCUGGUUUACUGCCUGCUGACGGCAUCCUUCAGUGUUCACCUGGCUGACGUGCUGAAGCCGUCCAGCCGCAUGCAUGCGCUCAGUCUGCGCCUCUUCUCCAUUUCUAUCAUCUUCCUGUGGCUAAGAAUCAUGAAACACGUACGAGCGUUCAGGCUGAUGGGCCCGUUCAUCGUCAUGUUGGGGAACAUUGUGGGGGAUGUGAUGCGUUUCCUGUUCCUGUAUGCUGAGAUCUUCAUCCCCUACGCCUGCAGCUUCUGGAUCAUAUUUGGAGGAACGGCCUCGGUUCCCAGCAUGCAGUCUGUUUCAGGUCUUCUCUACAGCCUCUACCGGAUCACUCUGGUGGAUGAGUACGAGUAUGCUGCCAUGGUAACAGUGGACAGCAUCAUGGCUCCUCUACUGUGCGGAACGUUCCUGGCAGCGUCCUCCAUCUUGUGUAUUAACUUGCUGAUUGCACUACUAACCGACACCUUCCAGAGGGUUCACGAUAACUCGCAGGCUAACGCUGUGAUGCAGCAGGCCACAGUCAUCUUGCAGGUGGAAGAGUCCAUGCCCCGCCUCCGCCGUCUCUAUGACAACCACUACAUCUCCAAGCACUGCUCUCCUCUGGGCGAGACCUGCGCCAUCAUCACAGAGACUCUGGGCCAGUUCCUGGUCCUUCAGGGGGAUGCAGAGACAAGCAGACCUUCAAGAGUCCAGAUGGGUCAGAACCAGCAGAACCAACAGCCUCAGGUUCAGGAGAACCCAGACCUUCAAGACCCGCCGAUACAGGAACUCCUGAAACCAAAGAACCAGCAGGAUCCCAGGGACCUUCGGGAGGAGCUUCAGGCCAUCCAUGCAGAGCUGAGGGAGCUUCGAUCGGUGCUCCAGCAGCUGGUUCAGAUCAGGAAGGACUUUAUUUAGAAAGACUGCUUCAGACCAGCUGGAUCCAGGUGGCUGAGAUGUUUGUGGGUCUCCUGAUGCUCCACAUGGAUCCAACCAUUCAGACAGGAUUGAACUGACAAAUAAAAAACCUUCUCCAUGGA